AGCACAAAGCGAACUAUAAAAGAAAAUCGAAUCUUCAGUUGGAUUAUGAUGCGAUCAUUUAAUGAUUUAUGCUCACUGUUUUUUUUGUUAUAUAUAUAUUUUUCUUUGUCAGAUUUUAUCCGUAAUAUUUUUGGUUUGGGAUUUUUUUGAGAUUUAAUUAAUUUAUAAGAUAACAGAUAACGAGAUACAAAAGUGUUAAAUUUCCAUAUCUUUAGACCGAUUCCAUAUCCUUAGACCGACUUGACUUGACGUUUCCCUUUUUGUUUGUUUGUUGCGAUUCCUAGCGAUGCUCAGCUCGUGUGUAUAUAUAUGAAGCCCUCGGAGGUCCUCGACUGUAUUUGGUCAAAUUAGAGAGAGACAGACAAGAAGACAAAUGUUGUUGAAAAGACAUCGCUCGAGUGAAAACCAAACAACAAAAAGACAUCGUUGCUCCAGCGAGGCAUUGCUGCUACCACUCCAUUUUGUAGAGCUCAUCCUGGAGAGGCUUCCUGUGAAAUCUCUCCUAAGAUUCAAGUCUGUAUCCAACAAGUGGAAAUCGACAAUCGAGUCCCGGUAUUUCCAAGACCAAUGGUUUCUCCGUCGUAAGAAAUCACGAGGUCCAGAUGUCCUUUGCGUAGCCAUUGGUGAUGAUUAUUAUAAUAAUAUUAAUCAAGGUUAUUACGAAGCAGCUCCAAGGGAUACAGUUUUGUUGGGGUCUUCCGUAGUUUCUAAGAUCAGGCUCCCUAUUACAAACAUGAUGCUCUGCCAUGGUAGUUGUGACGGUCUUCUAUGCAGUUAUUGUUCUUACACUCCUAGUGUCAUGAUCAAUCCCGCCACGAGAUGGCAACAAAGUUUUCCUCUUUCCAACUACCAACAGCUCUGCAUCGACAUGGUCGACAAAAAGCAGUAUCUCUUCCCAAUGCCUAAGCUUGGAUUUGGCAAAGACAAGUUUAGGGGCACUUACAAGCCGGUAUGGUUGUAUAAUUUAUCCGAAUUUGGACUAGAAAACGUUACAACUUGUGAAGUUUUCGAUUUUAGCAAAAACGCUUGGAGGUACGUUGUCCCUGCUUCUCCUUAUAAGAUAAAUGAUGUCAGUUAUCCUGUGCACUUUGAUGGGUCACUUUACUGGCUCACCCUUUGCGAAGAAACUAAGGUGUUAUCUUUCGAUCUUCACACUGAAACUUUUCAAGUCAUCUGUAAAGCCCCCUUUCCUCGCUCAAGUGACCGUUUCAAGUCUCUAAACUACAUCAUGUGCAUCCUCGACAAUCGCUUGGGCGUAUCCGAGAAGAAGGGGACAACCCAAGUGAUAUGGUCGUUAGAUUCUUCAGGCGGCAACAAGACAUGGAAGAAACUGUGUUCGAUAGAUUACGCAAAAACUUUGUUUGGGGUGAAACCCAUCCACCCGUUGGCACCAAUUGAAAUUCUUGACGAGAAUAAGUUAUUGCUUCAAGAUAAUGAUUACUUGGUGAUGCAUGAUCUCCAUACCAAAUCUUAUGAUUCACUCUUAGAACCUGAACCCAUUGAAUAUCCUGUUUCUUAUUUUCAAAGUUUAUUUUCUGUUUCAUCAAACUAAUCACCUUGUUUUAUUUACCUA